AUGCCUGUGAGUUCAGUAUUCAAUAUGGUGAGUGUAUCAGCUAGUGUGUGUCCUUGGUAGUGUAUGUUUGUAUGUGUUAACACAUGUACUCCUCUGCUCUCUCUGUGUGUGUGUGUGUGUGUGUGUGUGUGUGUGUGUGUGUGUGUGUGUGUGUGUGUGUGUGUGUGUGUGUGUGUGUGUGUGUGUGUGUGUGGGUGGGUGUGCGUGCGUGCGUGCGUGUGUGUGUGUGCGUACCUGCGUGUGUGUGGCAGGGUGCGUCCUCAAGUCUGGUGGUGAAGUUUGCCGACACGGAUAAGGAGCGCACCAUCCGGCGCAUGCAGCAGAUGGCUGGUCAGAUGGGCAUCUUCAACCCCAUGGCCCUGCAGUUUGGGGCCUACGGGGCCUACGCACAGGUAGGACAUACACACACACAUGCAAGUACGCAUAGAGUAUAAGCUGACGCACAAAAACAGUGCAGACUAAACUUGACUAAAUAAAGUCACACUCUCUUUCUCACUCUCCUUCCCUCCCUCUCUCCCCAUAUCUCCCUCCCUUCCCCUCCCUCCCUCUCUCCCCAUGCAGGUGCAGCAGCAGCAGGCAGCGUUGAUGGCGUCAGUCGGUCAGGGGGGCUACCUCAGCCCCAUGGCAGCCUUCGCCGCCGCACAAAUGCAGCACAUGGCCACCAUCAACGGACUCCCAGGGGGGCACAUGACACCCACCUCAGGUGAGGCCAGCGGUCAAGGGUUCAACUUCUCCACAUGUAAGACAACCAUAUUAGGACAUUAUCAGCAGCGGGGACUUAGUUGUAAGAUAAAUCUCCCUUAGUUGUCAGUAAAAAACGCCCUCAGUGGUCAGUUGUCAGACCAAACUCUGUCAGUUAACUGGCCUGACAACUGACAAUGUCACUUGCUCAUCUCUCGCUCUUUUUUAAUCUCUAUCUGCCAGGUGGCAGUACCCCCCCUGGUAUCGGCGGCCCCACAGUGACCAGUAUCCCCUCGCCCAUCAGUGUGAAUGGUUUCAAUGGAAUGCCCCCCCCUCAGGCCAACGGGCAGCCCCCUGCCGAAGCUGUGUACACCAACGGGAUACACCCCUAUCCUGGUGAGCCCCCCACAACCACAUAAAAAGUUUAGUCAUUUGGAAGACACUAUUAUCCAGAGCAAUUAGGGUUACGUGCCUUGCUCAAGGGCACAUCGGCAGAUUGUUCACCUAGUCGGCUCAGGAUUCAGCACAACACAGUGCGGAGGACACACACUUGCUUUAGGAUAUAUACAGUGAGUGAAAAAAAAGUAUUUGUUCCCCUGCUGAUUUUGUACGUUUGCCCACUGACAAAGAAAUGAUCAGUCUAUAAUUUUAAUGGUAGGUUUAUUUGAACAGUGAGAGACAGAAUAACAACAACAAAAUCCAGAAAAACACAUGUCAAAAAUGUUAUAAAUUGAUUAGCAUUUUAAUGAGGGAAAUAAGUGUUUGACCCCUCUGCAAAACAUGACUUAGUACUUGGUGGCAAAACCCUUGUUGGCAAUCACAGAGGUCAGACGUUUCUUGUAGUUGGCCACCAGGUUUGCACACAUCUCAGGAGGGAUUUUGUCCCACUCCUCUUUGCAGAUCUUCUCCAAGUCAUUAAGGUUUCGAGCCUGACGUUUGGCAACUCGAACCUUCAGCUCCCUCCACAGAUUUUCUAUGGGAUUAAGGUCUGGAGACUGGCUAGGCCACUCCAGGACCUUAAUGUGCUUCUUCUUGAGCCACUCCUUUGUUGCCUUGGCCGUGUGUUUUGGGUCAUUGUCAUGCUGGAAUACCCAUCCACGACCCAUUUUCAAUGCCCUGGCUGAGGGAAAGAAGUUCUCACCCAAGAUUUGACGGUACAUGGCCCCGUCCAUCGUCCCUUUGAUGCGGUGAAGUUGUCCUGUCCCCUUAGCAGAAAAACACCCCCAAAGCAUAAUGUUUCCACCUCCAUGUUUGACGGUGGGGAUGGUGUUCUUGGGGUCAUAGGCAGCAUGCCAAAGAGCUCAAUUUUGGUCUCAUCUGACCACAACACUUUCACACAGUUCUCCUCUGAAUCAUUCAAAUGUUCAUUGGCAAACUUCAGACGGGCAUGUACAGUGGGGAGAACAAGUAUUUGAUACACUGCCGAUUUUGCAGGUUUUCCUACUUACAAAGCAUGUAGAGGUCUGUAAUGUUUAUCAUAGGUACACUUCAACUGUGAGAGACGGAAUCUAAAACAAAAAUCCAGAAAAUCACAUUGUAUGAUUUUUAAGUAAUUAAUUUGCAUUUUAUUGCAUGACAUAAGUAUUUGAUACAUCAGAAAAGCAGAACUUAAUAUUUGGUACAGAAACCUUUGUUUGCAAUUACAGAGAUCAUAUGUUUCCUGUAGGUAUUGACCAGGUUUGCACACACUGCAGCAGGGAUUUUGGCCCAGUCCUCCAUACAGACCUUCUCCAGAUCCUUCAGGUUUUUGGGGCUGUCGCUGGGCAAUACGGACUUUCUGCUCCCUCCAAAGAUUUUCUUGUGGGUUCAGGUCUGGAGACUGGCUAGGCCACUCCAGGACCUUGAGAUCUUUCUUACCGAGCCACUCCUUAGUUGCCCUGGCUGUGUGUUUCGGGUCGUUGUCAUGCUGGAAGACCCAGCCACGACCCAUCUUCAACGCUCUUACUGAGCUUACUCAGACGGGCCUGGACAUGCGCUGGCUUGAGCAGGGGGACCUUGCGUGCGCUGCAGGAUUUUAAUCCAUGACGGCGUACUGUGUUACUAAUGGUUUUCUUUGAGACUGUGGUCCCAGCUCUCUUCAGGUCAUUGACCAGGUCCUGCCGUGUAGUUCUGGGCUGAUCCCUCACCUUCCUCAUGAUCAUUGAUGCCCCACGAGGUGAGAUCUUGCAUGGAGCCCCAGACUGAGGGUGAUUGACCGUCAUCUUGAACUUCUUCCAUUUUCUAAUAAUUGCGCCAACAGUUGUUGCCUUCUAAACCAAGCUGCUUGCCUAUUGUCCUGUAGCCCAUCCCAGCCUUGUGCAGGUCUACAAUUGUAUCCCUGAUGUCCUUACACAGCUCUCUGGUCUUGGCCAUUGUGGAGAGGUUGGAGUCUGUUUGAUUGAGUGUGUGGACAGGUGUCUUUUAUACAGGUAACGAGUUCAAACAGGUGCAGUUAAUACAGGUAAUGAGUGGAGAACAGGAGGGCUUCUUAAAGAAAAACUAACAGGUCUGUGAGAGCCGGAAUUCUUACUGGUUGUUAGGUGUUCAAAUACUUAUGUCAUGCAAUAAAAUGCAAAUUAAUUACUUAAAAAUCAUACAAUGUGAUUUUCUGGAUUUUUGUUUUAGAUUCCGUCUCUCACAGUUGAAGUGUACCUAUGAUAAAAAUUACAGACCUGCAAAAUCGCCAGUGUAUCAAAUACUUGUUCUCCCCACUGUAUAUGUGCUUUCUUGAGCAGGGGGACCUUGCGGGCGCUACAGGAUUUCAGUCCUUCACGGCGUAGUGUGUUACCAAUUGUUUUCUUGGUGACUAUGGUCCCAGCUGCCUUGAGAUCAUUGACAAGAUCCUCCCGUGUAGUUCUGGGCUGAUUCCUCACCGUUCUCAUGAUCAUUGCAACUCCACGAGGUGAGAUCUUGCAUGGAGCCCCAGGCUGAGGGAGAUUGACAGUUCUUUUGUGUUUCUUCCAUUUGCGAAUAAUCGCACCAACCGUUGUCACCUUCUCACCAAGCUGCUUGGCGAUGGUCUUGUAGCCCAUUCCAGCCUUGCGUAGGUCUACAAUCUUGUCCCUGACAUCCUUGGAGAGCUCUUUGGUCUUGGCCAUGGUGGAGAGUUUGGAAUCUGAUUGAUUGAUUGCUUCUGUGGACAGGUGUCUUUUAUACAGGUAAUACGCUGAGAUUAGGAGCACUCCCUUUAAGAGUGUUACCUGUAUAAAAGACACCUGGGAGCCAGAAAUCUUUCUGAUUGAGAGGGGGUCAAAUACUUAUUUCCCUCAUUAAAAUGCAAAUCAAUUGAUAACAUUUUUGACGUGCGUUUUUCUGGAUUUUUUUGUUGUUAUUCUGUCGCUCAUUGUUCAAAUAAACCUACCAUUAAAAUUAUAGACUGAUCAUUUCUUUGUCAGUGGGCAAACGUACAAAAUCAGCAGGGGAUCAAAUACUUUCCCACCUCACUGUAGAGACGAUAUAACACUCACUACAAUGCCUGCGUGAAACACACUCGCCAUAAGGCAUGCAGAGUACAAUCAACUAUCUACAUACAGUAUACAGAUAGAAUUGUUUUAAUAUUUUACCAAUUAAGUUGACUGAGAACACAUGCUCAUGUACAGCAACAACUUGGGGAAUAGUUACAGGGGGAUGAAUGAGCCAAUUGGAAGCAAGGGAUGAUUAGGUGGCCAUGAUGGUCAGAUUGGGAAUUUAGCCAGGACAUCAGGGUUAACACCCCUAUAACAAGUGCCAUGGGAUUGUUAGUGACCACAGAGUCAGGACACCUGUUUAACGUCCCAUCCGAAAGACAGCACCCUACACAGGGCAAUGUCCCCAGUCACUGCCCUGGGGCAUAUAUUAUUCUGCUUAAUUUAGAUCAGAGGAAAGAGUGCCUCCUACUGGCCCUCCAACACCACUUCCAGCAGCAUCUGGUCUCCCAUCCAGGGACCGACCAAGACCAACCCUGCUUAGCUUCAGAAGCAAGCCAUCAGUGGGAUGCAGGGUGGUAUUCUGGUAGAUCCAGAUACUACAGUAUAUCAUAUAUGUUACACAUAUUACCCCAUUUUACACAUUUAACGUAACACAGAUAAAUAUGAGUCUGGGUAGAACACCAGGUAAGUUCUAAUAAACCCCAAAGGCCAUUGUAACUACUUACGUGUAAAGAUGAUGUGGCUUUGGUGCAAAUCUGUGACUGAGGGUAAUUUGUGCAGGAGGUCCAUUUUGCUCCAAACAUUUCCCAUCCUUUCAGAGGGGCUUGAUGUUGGAUUCUUGUCAGGAGGGCUGGCUCUAUAGAAAAACUGGUUUGUGUAGUCGACGGGUCUUGCAAAAUGACAAUGAAACAAACAGCUGUGUUAUGAAUGGUAAGAACGCUGUUUAUAAAAGGUUAUAAACUAUAAAGGUUGCUUAUGUAUAGUAUGCACUUGUGUCAUGUUCCAAUGUUAGCCAGUAUGUGUGUCGACUUCCUUGGGUUUGUGAAGAGGGGAGGAAAUGCUUCUUUCUCCAAUCUCUUUCCAGUGUUGCAGGAGGUGGUUUUUAGAGAGGACUCUGAAAAAAACAGCUUGGCUCAUCGAAGUUGUUUUGGGGUUCAGGGUGGCUGCUUCCUCUCUUCUCUCUCUGAAGGUACCCAUUUUCCCCGUCCUCCCCCCUUUCUUUAUAUCAGAAUGGUACCCAUUCUGCCCACCCUUCCCCCAUUCUUUCUAUCAGAAUGAUCCUGUUUAGUCUUAGUGUUACAUGGUCGGUGUGGUCAUAUGGUUUUGGUGAUGAUGGUAGUGUGGUAUGUUGUGUGUGAAUGUGUUUGCGCAUGUGUGCUUUAUAAUGAUUGUGUGUGUGUGUGUGUGUGUGUGUGUGUGUGUGUGUGUGUGUGUGUGUGUGUGUGUGUGUGUGUGUGUGUGUGUGUGUGUGCAUGUGUGUUUAUGUGUGGUGUUUCAUGGCGGAAAUGUGGGUGUGUUUACAUGCAUGUGUGUGUGUGACAACUUGGUUGUGGUGAGUGUGUGGUGUGUGUAGUAGCAUGGUAUUGGUGUUGGUUAUUAUUUAGCUGUAAUGUUUCCAAUUCUCUGUGUACUGUAUCUGUAAUGUUAUUUGGUCCACAAAUGUGCACCACACAGGGAUGUGCUGUAAUGCCUGUGGUUUUGGGUGAGGAAAGCCAGGAGUUUUGUGUGGAGAUGGUGGAUCUACAUUAUUCUUGGUGUGCUUCAGUGCUCAAUCUGGUCAUUAAAACUGGUGUGUGUGUAGAAAUGUAGCCAGUCUCAGACUGCGUCCUUUUUGCUCAGUUGUUCGAGGGGAUAUGGUGAGAGACAGGAGAAGUUGCCACGUUCAUACACAGCAUGUGACUUGCUAGUUUUCUUAGUCUCUCUCUAACCACUUUAUAUCUCCCUCUCUGUCUAUUUCCCUCCUAUUUUAUUGCCUCUUCCCAUCCUUACUGUUUUUUCCUACUCUUCUCGUCCUUUCUCUCUAUUUCUCUCUUUCUCCACCGCCUCUCUCUCUUCCUCUCUCUCUUCCUCUCUCUCUUCCUCUCUCUCUUCCUCUCUCUCUUCCUCGCUCUCUUCCUCUCUUCUCUCCGACUCAACAGCUCAGAGUCCCACUGCAGCAGACCACUUACAGCAGGCUUACACAGGAGUCCAGCAGUAUGCAGGUCUGUCAGUCUCACAUGGUAUGUGUGUGUGUGUGUGUGUGUGAGUGUGUGUGUGUGUGUAUAAUGUCAUAUGUAGGUGUCUGAGCCUCUUAUCUAAUCAAUUGGUGUGUGUGUACAUAUUUCUGUGCAUAGCGUGAGUGUGUGAGAGUGAGUGUAGCUGUGUGUGCGCGCGCACUCUCCAGCCGUUGAGUGUUAUCUGAUCUGCUUGUGUAUGUGUCUUAGCAGCCUACCCUGCUGCAUAUGGCCAGAUCAGCCAGGCCUUUCCCCAGCCUCCUCCCAUCAUCCCACAACAACAGAGAGAAGGUGAGGAGCACACACACAUACGCCAGCCCUGGCCUUUACCAAUCUGAUAAAAUUCAGUGUUAAAGUGACUGGUAUGUUUUGCUUGUCUCCAGGCUCGUACACUGCUAGCAAAUGACCAGUCGUUCAUAGUGCGUUAAUAAGUAUUGCCUGAAAUACCUGCAUUUCCAUGCAGUCUGCCUCAAUUUUACAUGAGAGUUGCACCUCAAUAGCUUCCUUUCCUUGUGUUCUUUCCUUCACCCACACUGAUGUGAAGAGCAGUCAUCACCUAGGAAAGGACACAAGGAAAGGAAAUACCAUCACCUGAAUGUCGGCCGUCUGCAGUAGAUCACCUGCUGGUGGUGAUUCAACAUGUAGAAUCGUCUGGAAACAGACAGUGUUCUGUAUUCAGAGGCGAUAGGACAGCCACCCACUGCAUUUAACAGUUAGUUUUGCCUUGGAAGAAAGCCAGAGAAAACAAGUGAGACAGAGAAGCACACCCGUAGACUUGCUAGAAUCAGCCCGUUUGGAGGGAGAACUCAUUGACCUGUGUGUUGGAUGACUCUGGCUUGGGACUCUGGCUCCCCCCUGUGGAGUGUAGAUGAAACAUAUGGGCAUUAUGGUUGAAUCCCAACUGGCACCGUAUUCCCUUUAUAGUGCACGACUUUUGACCAGAGCCCUAUAGGCCCUGGUCAAAAGUAGUGCACUUUAUAGGGAAUGGAUUGCCAUUUGAGAAACAGACAUCAUCUGAGAUCAGAAAUUGUUCUACAUAGUCUUUCUGAUCUCAGAUGUUGUGUAUCAGUUCAGUUGCAUCAUCAUGUUGCUAUUCUGUUCCAUUUCUCUCUCCCUUCCUUUUAUUUCUCCCUUGCCUUCCCUCUAUACCACCAACUCUAUCACUCCUUUGCUAUCACCUCCCCACACACACAUUCUCCCCCCCAUUCUCUCUCCCCCCCAUUCUCUCUGUCCCAACCUGUCCCCCUCUUCUUCCUCCAUCCCACCCCUUUCCUCUCUCUCUUGCUCUCUCUCUACCCCCACCCUCUCCUCCUACCCCUCUCUCUUCUCUCUCCCCAUGCCCUCCCAACCCUCUCUCUCUUCCACUCCUUUCUCUACCCCCAUCCCACCCUUCCCCUCCCCUCCUCUCUCCAACCCCUAUUCCACCCUUCCCCUCCCCUUCUCUCCCCAUCCCCCCUUCCUUCUCUCUCUGUGUGCAGGGCCGGAGGGCUGUAACCUGUUCAUCUACCACCUCCCUCAGGAGUUUGGGGAUGGCGAGCUGAUGCAGAUGUUCCUGCCUUUCGGUAAUGUCAUCUCCUCCAAAGUGUUUGUGGAUCGGGCGACAAACCAAAGUAAAUGCUUUGGUGGGUAAAAACGAUAAAACACCUGUAAAGAUUAUUAUUAUUAUUAUUAUUAUUCUUUCACUAAUGACUUUCUUUACUGCAGCCGCAACCUUUUUCGAAAACAUUGAAAAGAGAAAUUGUAAAUUCCGGAGUUGCUUGUGAAUGUGUCUUGCGGGUCUUCUCUUACAGAUAAAUGCAAUGCAUUUAGGGGUGGUUAACACCUGUAACUCUGCAUCAUAAAGUGGUCCUCACUCUCAAUAGUAUGACAGAGCAGAUGUUAUAAGUUGUCAUAAUGGUUUAUGUCAGGUUAUGACAACAUAUUGUAGCGAAUUCGGGGGGUAGACCCGACCUGGGUCCAGCGGCUGUCAAAUCAACAGCUUAACUAUUGCGCCAAGAGGUCUGAACCAAAGGGUAGGUAGCAUAAACUUAAGCACAUGAAACAAAUGGAUUUGCAUUAGUAUACACAUCAAAAGUCCCAAUGCAAAGUUACACCUAACUUUUCUAUUUUUCGAGUUAUUAGCUACAUAAAACCAAUCAGAAUUCCUAAGAUACCUAAGUCAUUCUGGAAAAUGUUUUUGCGUGGUGUGGCGUAAUAUGGAGGACCCGGCAAGCCAGCCUAUUCCCUAUUAUGGAAACUCCAACAGAAAUAACUUCAAAUUAAACCAAAUUGUUUGAACACAUGACUUCAAUUACAUUUCAGCCAUCUUACAACCAAAUACUUUAUGAAUAAAGUGUUACAAAUCAGCUUGCAAGGUUGCUAGCCAAUUAGCCUGCUAACAUUAGCCCUACUAGCCCGCUAACGUUAGCCUUAUCAGCCUGGUAACUUUACAUUAGCAAUGCAUGAGUCAGCCAGUUGCUAUCAACACCAAGCUCACAGCUACAUUAAAGUAAACCAAGGUUUUGGAAAUACAUAACCCCAUCUAACCAGUUAUCAAAUAAUGUUACCGGUAUAUGCAGUUAUUUUAGCCAGCAAGCAAGCCAGCCAGCCAGCUAAAGUUAGUUAUUUUAGCCAGCUAACUAGCCUAGCUAGCCAACCACCACGGUCGACAUUCCUGAGUAGUAAGCCAGAGAACAACACCAACUAGUCUAGCACAGGCAGGAACCCACAGAACACAAAAACAAAAAAGACAGCAGAUAUAAAGUAAAGAGAGCGGAGACUUACAGAUUGAUGGCUGAGUUAGCAACCAAAGAAGAGUCAAGGAGAGAGGUGCUUCAGAAGGAGAGGUCGUUUCAUCGGCCGAGGGAGAGUCAGCUAAUCCAAUGGUGAUAUAGUGAGGUAAAUCCAAAGUAGAUAAAUUCCAGAGGCAAUAAUCCAGAGGCGGCAUUGGGCACAGGAGAUGAGGGGAAGAGUCAAGAUUAGGACGGCGAUCUGAGGAAGGCUCCAGGCAGAUGGAAAUGUUCACAACAGCAUCAUCAGUCAGCUACUUUAGCGCACUAGUACUAAACCAAAGUUGAAAAACUCUGGUAGCCUACUUCACGAAAAACGGCAUCCUCCACGUGUGGGGAAUCUGAUUGGUUGUUUACAUCACACCUCCUUGUGAUUGGUGGAUUGUAGCUCACCACUGCCAACACUCAGUCUGCAUGGCUAGUGGCUAAUGUUAGCCAGCUUGAGCUAGCUAACGCAGAGUAGAUUCUCCAUAUGAUGUUGAGAAAUAGUGCUUGUGGGUAGUUUAGAAGAUAUCUGAAAAUAAGUUACCAAAUGGUAAAAAAGUAAAAAAUCCAAAACGUUACCAUGUUUGUAGUUAUAGGUAACCAGAUCGUGAAUACAACUAAAUUACUAAGUCUUUGAACAACACUGUGUUGUUACUUUGGUGAGUAAAAACUCAUGCUUCCUACCCUUUAAGGUUGCUACAAUAUGAUACAUGACAUGGCUCUAAUAAUUUAGACUAGUACAUCAGCUAGCUGAGAAAUAAGCAUGGUUGUAACACUUCUUAUGAAUACCCUCUUCAUAAUGCCUUAUAAGCAUAUAUAUAAACCUUAUGAGAUAUGCAUAAUGCAUUAUAAUGCAUUAUGAAGAGGGUAUCCAUAGGAAGUGUUACCUGCAAUGGUUAAUUGGCAUAUCACUGAAAGCUACCAGGAAUGUAUUGCAGCAUAAACGGACGUAUCAUGACUGCUUAUAACAGAUGUUAUAUACUAAUGACAGGCUUAUGACAGCUAUAUGAUGCAGAGUUCUAGUAAAGUGUUAUCCCAUAAACACUCCCUCUAUGGUGAUACCCAUGACAGGACUAGUUAAUAUCUUUCAUUGAGAAGUAGUCUCUACCAUAGAUUUACAAUAUCCGGAAUCAACAUAGUAAAAUUGGGUAUAAUUUACAUGGGCCUUUUAACAGAGGCAGAAUUAAAUUGGUAUUUAUUCUUGCAAUUAGAGGUGAUGUUAUUUUGGUAAUUGAGAGGCGGAAAUAUGUCCGACAAAUAUUUAAGUGUCGUUUUGACGAGUGAUGUCUGUUCUGUAUGUUCUAAUUCUAUGGUUUCUACCUUUGAUUUGAAUGACCUAGUGUUGUGUUUCUAUUGCGUGUCGUUAGGCUUGUUGUUGAUGUGGGCAUUUGAUGUUGUGUCAAACUGUGUCUAAUGUACAGUAACUUUAACAUGCAUUAUAUGUUAAGAUGUCCACGCGACAAUAUUAUAAGAGAACUGCAAUUGAAGUGAAGUGUUACCACAUGUGUUUUUGAAGUGUUGUAAACUGAGAUAAACUGAAUGGCUAUGGCUGGAAAUGUGCUACAUAGAUAACAGUAUGAUGAAGUAUUCAUUGGAAGUUAGUGUAUUCUUUGUGUGUUGCAAAUGUGGGAAAAUGUAAGAAUCAUGUUGAACUGUCUGUCACCGACUUGAAAUCUGAAAUAACUUUUCUCUGAUCCCUCCCCUCAUCCUUACCCUUGCCUGUAUCUCGUUUUCCUUCUUUCCUUCCAUCUCACGCUAUCCUUUCAUAAAACUCCAACUGUCACUCAUACUGUCCUUUCUUUGGUCUGGUACUUACCUAACUCCGUCCCCUCUCUCUCUCCCUCGAUAUUUCCAUCUUCCUCUCCAUUUUUCUCUCUCUCCAUCUCUCUUUCUCUCUCUCUCUUUGUGCGGCCCAUCCCCCAGGGUUUGUGAGUUUCGAUAACCCAGGUAGUGCCCAUGCUGCCAUCCAGUCAAUGAACGGCUUUCAGAUCGGCAUGAAGAGACUCAAGGUGCAGCUCAAGAGGCCGAAGGACGCCAACCGCCCCUACUAG